AGUUUUAAAGGCCAUAUACGAUAUUGUAGUUCACACUCGAAGGCACUAUCGCUCAGAUAACAUGGAAUAUUUUCAGAGUUACGAUUCAAUGGCGAAGAUAGAUUCCGAUAUUGGUCCAACUUCACCAACUCCUAUGACCAGUGAAAUUGGAUUAAAUAAUAUUGAAGCUAGUACGGAAGGAACAGUAAAUGUUUCGGAAUAUUUAACUCCAACCACCAACAUUGAUGAAAUAUCAUUUGAUAAUGUAUUGAUUGAUGAAGAUAUGUGUAUUGAUUUCAAACAACCGGAUAGUCGAAUUAUUGAAGCUCCUUUAGUAAAAGUUGAAAUAGAACCAGCUGAUUCAGCUGAAAUAGCAAAUGAGCCAUUAACUAGAAGAGGUAAAGGUAGAGUUCCAAAGAGGAAGAGAGAGGAAAAAGGAUCAUUUGAAUACAUGAAGAAACGCCAAAAAAAUAAUGAAUCUGUCAGAAAAUGCCGUGAAAAGGCAAAGGAAAGACAGGCAGAAACUGAAAAAACUUUACAUAUUUUACGAGAGGAAAAUUCUAACUUGAAGAGUCAAUUGGCAGAACAGAGUCAUGAAAAUAAAAUACUAAAGCAGCUUCUACAAACGUUUAUACCAGACAGAGCAAAGGAAGGAGUAGAUUUGCUAAAAUGUUUGAAGAAAUCAUAA